AUGUUGCCCAACGUCUUCUUCCUAGCCUUGCUGGCGCCAUGCGGCCUGGCUAGCGCCUUCUCCCUGCCCCCCUUCUUGGAGAAGCUCUUCACGCGGGACCACAACACAGGGCCGAUCGUCAGCCGCCGCUUCACCGAGUAUCAGCUGCCCGCAGCGGCCGAGACGCACGAGUUUGCGCGCGUGCCUAACACCGACAUGAUCGUCCUCUCGCAAAUGUCAAACAGUCGACUGGUCAAGAUCCAGAUAGAUGGCACCACCGAGGAGCCCAUAGCCCACCACUCGUUCCCCAUGGGCGCCAACGACAGGGCCGGCCUGCAUGGCAUCUGGCCGUCCGAGGCCGAACCAGGUCUGGUCUGGAUUUCGCUGCAGUCAGAGAACAGGAUACAGCUCAUCGACCCCGGAAGUGACACCUUGGACGAGGCCCCGACCGUCAUCAGGACCAUUGACGUGCCGGCCCCAGGUAAUGGCCCGCACUCUAUCGUCGAGAUUGACGGGCGCGUCUGGGCCGGGCUCAAGAAUCCAUCCGCGGACACGGGCGAGUACUUUGUCUUUUCGAUCAACGUCGACGGCACCGAGCCCACGCUGUACCCGUGCCUCCGCAGCCCCGUCUUCAUCAAGGAGGACCCGCUCACUGGUCUCAUCUACGCCACCCAAGAUACCGAAUCCUCCAUCAUGCGCAUCAACGUCACGAGCGGAGAGACGGAGCAGCUGCCCAUCCCGCCCAGCGUCGGCAACACCCCCGUCGGCAUGACCGCGAUCGAGGGCGGGCUUCUGGCCGGUGUCUGGUUCAGCCUGGCCGGGAACUCCACCGGCGGCACGGGAGCCUUUGGCCGCGUCGUCCCGGAGACGGGAGAGCUGCAGUUCUUCCAGCUCACCAGGCCGGCCGCGCUGGGCUUCAACGCGGGGCUGCUGCACAUCGCCGACGCCUCCAACGAAGCCGCGGGCCCGGGGCUGUGGCUGCUGUCGACGUCUCUCCUGAGCAGCAGGUCUGGGGACGCGCUCAUCCGCGUGGGGAUCAACGACGCCAUCUCGGCCAUCACCGGCGAGGAGUACAUUGCUCUGCCGACGCAGGACGCUUGGGCGCACCGCGUCGUGGUCGUCAACUCGACCGUCAUGGUCUCGGAGCUCCGCACCUACACGCUCGCCCACCUCGUGUACGAGAAUGAGGUUCCGGGGAACUGGGCACCUGCCGCAGCCCGCUAG